AACAAAUUUCAAAAAAAAAAAGACUCCAUACUCCAAAGCUAAAAAGCUAAUCAUUACCCGAAGGCAAAAGAGAGGCCAAAACGCUUAAAAGCUGACCGAGAAGCCGCAGUGAGGUUUCUGCAUCGGAGAUUUAAUCUCGCCGGUGAUUCGGAGCCGCUGCAUCAGGUUUUCUAUUCUCUGUUUAAGACUUGAUUAGGAAGAAGAGUGAAUGCCAAUAUUUGAUUAUUGUGUGAUUUAAUAUUCUCUCUCGACGACUGCUAGGGUUCAUGUGGUGUUCAUGAUUUCUUCCCUAUUCUGAUUAGAUGUUCGUUUCCGAUUCGUUGAAUUUCUAUUCCUGUUCAUCAAAAUUAGGUUUGUUCAAGUGAUUAAAUUUAUUAUAGAGACAUCAAUCGAAAUAGUAAUCCCUAAAUCCCUAUAGUACUCCGAUCUGCAUCCUCUAGAAUGCUUGCGAUCGGCUGGUUGGCCUUGUUAAUUAUUAUUUUUUGUACAUCCUCUGUUCUGAUCUACCACUGUUGCUACAUGAGCUUUCCGGAAGACUCCGUGGCUUCAACAAGAUCAACAGAGAGUCAGAAUUUGCUGCAAUGGAGCACUAAGGACACGAAAGGACUGAGUACUCCGGCUGGAACUGUGGAUAUGGCUGAUAUAGUAACUAAUAUGUAAAUGAUCAGUGAAGGUGGAUGUUAAAAAGGGCUGUUACAAAGUUGUUAAAGUGUUGUUAGCUCAAAAUAUGAUGUAGCGGAAAUAACGAGAAAUAUGCAGAUUCUUUUCUCUUCAGUCUUGCUUUAUCUCAUCUGGAUAUCUCCUUUGGAGAAGAUCAGAAAGACAUUGUUGUAUCAAAGAGAUGACAUUCUCCUAUAUGGCGGUUAUGGCCUAAUCCUUGUAGAACUCGAAAGGUAUAUCCUUCAAAGGCAUGAUCGUAAGAUUGGAGGAGAGGUGCACAUCCCAAAGCCAUUUCUUGCAACAAUUUUGCUAUGGACUAAAGGGAGAUGAAUAGAGAAUGAAUGCAUCUACCUUGUAUACGAGGAUGCAAAAAAAUCGUGAUCGGAAAGGGACAACACUCUGACAAACAACUCUAUGGGUAGGAUUUUAGGAAGGACAUGUAAGGAAAUAACAAGAAAAAUGAGACUCUUUCACAUUUAGAGCGGAGUUAAUAGAUUUGUUUCAUCGGGGAUGCUUGAUUUGCAUCGAGGCAAGACAUGGACUUAUACGGGGACGCGGUCGGAAGCGUGAAAUGCCUAUUUUUUCAUAAUUCAUAAAGGAUUUGAGUGUGCGGACGACCCCAAAUUCCAUCCGGGGACGUUUCAAGGGCAGUAAGCGGCUCUUAUUUGUAGAUUCCGUGCAACAUAGACUAAACGCUUGCAACACAUGCUAAUCAAGAGGUACAACAAGAUGGAGAGAGCAACAAGGGAACCAAGCAAUCCAACAAGAGCAAACAAUGCACUCAAACAUCAUAUAAAGUAUAGUGUAUUUGUAAGAUCUACUUUGGAGAUUUUGCAGUAGAUUAUAUCCUACUACCACCCUCUGAGAAGACUUAUUUUGAGGCCCUAGAAGUAGGAUUUACAUAGGCCCCAUUCAGAUUUGGAGUUGGCGGUUUCUAGUUUCAUGGGGAGGUGUUGGGACCACAUGUAAUUUUAUUUGACCUCGUACAAGUUUUCUGUGUGCACCUCUUAAAAGGCAUCAUACUAAUGUGUUGGGUUGAACCCUAUUUGUUUUGGUUCGAUUCUUUUCUUUUUUAAUUGGGUUGAACCCUAUUUCUUUUGGUUCAAUUCUUUUCUUUUUUAGUGUGAGAUGGUUUGUAUUCCCAACAAACAAUCCCUCAAACCAAGAUCCCACAAUUUGUGACCUCCCCUCAUGUUUGUCAUUUGAUUUACUCACCAUCUUGCUUUGUCGCACCAUCCCCGCGGGAUACACCGCCAGACCACCUGAUCU